CUCCACCUACCUUAGACUGAACUCGUCUCCAUCAACUUUAUCCUUAUUUUUAAUGGGAUACAUUGCCAAAGUCAGAAGUAUCAUACCAACAAACCAUCGCUACGACAGCUGUCAGUAAUGCUAUACCGGGGCCUCUUUUUUGAGUGUACCUCAAGCUGUACACACACAACGUCCAACUAAAUGAACCACUGGUAUUGGCUUCACCUGUUGGAGCUACAAAUCCUUUGUGGUUUCUUUUUCUGACACUGGGCAUUCAAAACCAAGCUUCUCAUUCGCAAGCGGACGCAAGCACUGUCUUUUCCAGUCAAACAUUUCUUCCAGGGCGUUACAUUUUCAUCAGGUGGGCAUUCUCCGCCCAAAGGGGACUCAUAGUCUUGGUCAUAAGCGCCACAUCCUAUUUUCGAUAUGUCGUCUACAACUACAAGUUCUGCCUCUGGUGGUGCUACGAGUACUGACAGCCCUGGAAAUGGUGGCAACACAAGCCCGACGAGUUCACCUUUACUAUUUUUUGUCGCACUUGGUUUUGGUGUCGUCUUUACAAAUUUAUGGAUUAUUGUUGGUGUGAAAUACUGUUUCCGAUACAAUCAGCGAAACCGCCAGUUACGUAACGAGGAGACAGGAGAACCUAUAGAUUUGGUGACUAUGCCUAGACCCCACCGAAGGCGGAGAGAAAAGAAGUUGAUGACAAUGGACGAGGUUAAUGAGAGAUUCCCGCUUAUCAAGUAUAAAGCGUGGAGGUCCUCACGCGCCAAUGAAGGCCUUCCAACUACAGGUGGAAUAACGGCACCGAAUAGCCGACCACAAAGUAUGAAGGGUGAAAGCGUUAUUUCAUCUCAAACUUCAUCAAUUCCGAUUCAGCACGCCGACACACUGUUAGCCCAAUCGGACGAGAAGGCCGUGAGCAAUAUAGAAUUCUCUGACCAUGCUUCUCCCAAAACAACAGUGGGUGCCGGUAAUAUGGAAAUGAAGCAAAACGAUGGCCAACCCGACAGUGAACCCCGGGGCUUAGCCGAGGAAGAUAUGGGAAAUCACAUUCGAACCGCUGUUCCUGCCGACCUUUUGCCAAAUCCGGGUGAUUCCUGUGCGAUCUGCCUCGAUACAAUUGACGACGAUGACGAUAUACGGGGCCUUACUUGCGGACAUGCUUUCCAUGCUUCUUGUGUUGACCCUUGGUUGACAAGCCGGAGGGCAUGUUGUCCCCUGUGCAAAGCAGACUAUUAUACGCCAAAGCCUCGCCCUGAUGCUACUGAGACCUCAAGCACAGGCCGACUGGGUCAUCGUUCUGCGACUCGUGCUAAUGUACCAAGUCAACCACAGGCUGUCUUCAUGGGGGGUCGAGUAAAUCCGUUCCGGAGAACGAUUAUAUUCCCGGGGCGCAUUUUGCAACCGCCAUCCUCUGAAAAUGGCACCGGCUUGCCUCAGCCGGUUGGACAAAAUCCCCUCGGGGUCAAUAACUUACCGGUCUUGGACCAUGAAUCACGAAGAGGUCGGAGUUGGAGAUCGAGAUUGGUCCCGGCUCAUCUACGUCGUUUUUCGUUUCCCUCUUUUAAUUCUUCUACAUGGCGCCACGGCACCACGGGGGACACAACCACGGGCCUGAACACACCGAAUACGGCUAGAAACCGAACACCUGGUCAGCUUGAGGCUGGGCCUACUGCUUAAAGGCCCAUACAUUACCACUGAACGAGCACUAACCCGCUUCAAACUAGCCCUCGUUACCUAUCGACAUCUGGAAUGUUAAUUGGGACGUUGUUUGAUUUGCGGUAGCAAGCAUGCAAGCCAUGCUUACUGUUAUGUAUAAUUUUAUUCCUGAUUCGAUUUCCAGUGAAAUCAGCAAAUGUGUUAAUGAGAAUAUCCCCAUGGAGGUUACCUCCGAGAGAAUAUAUAUAUACAAUUCCUUUUUAUUCACCCUUUCUCUGCCAUUCGUUAGCCUAGAUCACUCUAAUACUGGAUAAUGUUGAAGGAUCUCAAAAUUUUGACAACUGAAGACUCACGAACAAUAAAUUCGCC